CAACCGCUCAAAAGUACAAGUGGCUUUUUGAGCGGUUUGCAUCAUGCCAUAAGAAGUACUCUCAUGGUGGACAGAUGGACGAUAGGGCGAUUGAUGAGCUUGACACUGCCAUCACAAAGUUCAUGGACAUGUACAGGGAAAGCAUACCACAUGGGUCGGUCCCUGUGAAGAUGCACAUGUUGGAGUAUCACGUUGUCCCCUGCAUCAGGAAGUGGAGGUUUGGGCUUGGCUUCUUGGGUGAACAAGGCCUGGAGCAAGUCCACGCCCUAUUCAACAACAUCGGCAGGACAACAUGUGGCAUCGCUGACCCGGUGGCGAGGCUUCGGUCCACCCUGACAAACCACCUCAUCGGUGUCAGCCCUGACCACACUGGUGGUGUACCUGAUCCUGUACCAAGAAAAAAGACAACUUAGAACUCCUUUUAAUAUUACAGUUAUCAUAAGAACAGUUACAAUCAAUCACAUGUAUACAAGUUGAAUAUUAUCUUAUAUACAGUUCACUGCAACACCUAAUCACUAAAUAAU